UUCUCGAAGCUUUUUGCGAGGGCGGCAAAGCUUUUCAAGUGUCUCUCUCUCGGGCAGCAGUCGCCGACAAGAGCUCCAUUCCAUCCAGGUAUCGAGCACUCGGAUAGCGACCGCUAGGGCAGCGAGCGAGGAAGAGUAUGGCGCCUAUUCCAUCGGGCUGUGCUCCAGUGUCCACCGUCUAUCGCCAGAAGUCGUGGGACGAGGAGUUUGUGAGGAGGCUACGCAGUGAGGGGGGGAACAGCUUCAGCAACAGCAAAUGCAGCAGCGGCGCAGCGAUUCCAGAAUCGGGCGGUGGCAAUCAUCACGAUCAGCUGGGCGAUCACGAGGAUGGCUGCAAGACACCCAAGUCGCGGCAAUACAGGUUGCCCGAGGAUGCUCUCGUGUGCCCACCGGCGCCCAAGAAGCCACACUUGCAAAGACGGUUUUUGCCGCCAGCCGCCGCCUACUUUACUUCGCCCGAGCUGGAUCUCUUCUUCAACCAGCUCGAGAUCAUUGCCAAGUGAGUGUGGGCUUCGGGAGCGAGCGCGCAGGACAGAAGAAAAUUGAAAUUUUGAGAGGGGGGAAGUAAGUAGUACAUCAUCCAGUGUUGUAGAUAUAUACGAUUCCUACCUUGGCCGAUGCAGAGGAGCACUAUAAGUAGAUAGAUUGAAGUUUUUCCAGCAGCCAUCCUUCGAUAAACGCAAGUGGUAGUGUAGUUGUAGUUUUGGCUUGAUUUUCUCACAGAACUAUGGUAUGUACAAAGAGAUGCUCUGAAGGAUUAAUGAGAAACUAAGAACUUUCUAGCUU